AGCGGCCGCAGUUCGGCCUGUCCUCCCCUGUCUGCUCGGGAGCGUGCUGGGAGUUGGAGGUAGAGGCGAAGGAGGAGGGGGGGCGGACAAACCGUCGCGGGGAAAGUAAGCGAGCGAACGGGUGGGGGUAACGCGUGCGCGUCCCGGACUGGAAACCGUUUCCGAAAAAGCUCGCACACUUUCGACUAAAGUUGACUUAAUUACGAGGCAUUCCCCCUCCACGAUCGGGCCUCUCGGAGCCGCUUCCCUGCCAAAGAGAGAAAGAGAGAGAGAAAGAGAGAGAGAGGACCCCCCCCCCCCUUUCGGGACGAAACUUGCGGGACUGUUUUCUGCUUGUUUUUCUGCAGCGCUGCUGUUGCGCCGUGCGCCCGGAGAUUCAUUGGUCGGGGAGCAGGAUUGCGCAUUGGCCCGUGUCUGUAUCCAUCUCAGAGGGAAGAGAGUAACAUCGCAGUAGUACGGGCUCGUUUUUCCCUGAGCUCCAAACCUCCCUGCCGGAGUUAAAUCUCUCCAAACAAAUAGUCUUUUUUUUUUUUUCCUUUUCCUUACGACGAUUCUCUGGCUCUGCCUUUCGUUCCUCACGGCGCAGGAUGCGUCCGCUGAUGUAGGAUAUCCUUCUCUCUCUCUGUUGUUGUUGUUGUUGACAAAAACAGUUUUCACAAGAACUUUCCGACCAGAGCGCAAGAAGAGGGAGUGGGAACAAUGUCUACGCCGAGGUUCAAAAAGGAUAAAGAAAUCAUCGCGGACUACGAGAGCCAAGUCAAAGAGAUCAGGACCCAGCUGGUGGAGCAGCAGAAAUGCCUCGACCAGCAGACGGAAAUGCGGGUGCAGUUGCUGCAGGACCUCCAGGACUUCUUCAGAAAGAAAGCCGAAAUAGAGAUGGAAUACUCCAGAAACCUGGAGAAACUGGCUGAACGCUUCAUGGCGAAGACUCGCAGCACCAAGGACCACCAGCAGUACAAGAAAGAUCAGAAUCUGCUGUCACCAGUCAACUGUUGGUACCUGCUGUUGAACCAGGUCAGGAGGGAGAGUAAAGACCACGCAACACUGAGUGACAUCUACCUCAACAACGUCAUCAUGAGGUUCAUGCAGAUCAGCGAGGACUCUACGCGGCUCCUGAAAAAGAGCAAGGAAAUUGCUUUCCAGCUCCAGGAAGAUUUAAUGAAAGUCCUAAAUGAGCUAUACACAGUAAUGAAGACCUACCACAUGUACCACUCGGAGAGCAUCAACGCCGAGAGCAAGCUGAAGGACGCUGAGAAGCAGGAAGAAAAGCAGAUUGGGAGGGGAGACCCUGUCUUCAGCAUACGGAUGGAGAAGAAGAUCGAGAAAAUAAAAGAGAAGCGUCAAGCCAAGUACUCGGAAAACAAGCUGAAGUCGAUCAAAGCCCGCAACGAGUACCUGCUGACACUGGAAGCGACAAACGCGUCCGUUUUCAAGUACUACAUCCAUGACUUGUCGGACUUAAUUGAUUGCUGCGAUUUGGGGUAUCAUGCAAGCCUGAACCGGGCUUUGCGGACCUACCUCUCAGCAGAGUACAACCUGGAAACGUCGCGGCACGAGGGUUUAGACAUCAUUGAAAAUGCGGUGGACAGUCUGGACCCACGGAGCGACCGACAGAGGUUCAUGGAGAUGUAUCCCACAGCCUUCUGCCCGCCUGCCAAAUUUGAGUACCAGUCCCACAUGGGAGACGAAGUGUGCCAUAUUACUGCACAGCCACCAGUCAACGGGGAGCUCAUCCUGAGGUUCCAGCAGCUGCAGUCUCGACUGGCUACUCUGAAGAUUGAGAAUGAAGAGGUCAAAAAGACAUCAGAGGCCACGCUGACCACCAUCCAGGACAUGGUGACCAUCGAAGACUACGACGUGUCCGAGUGCUUCCACCACAGCCGCUCCACGGAGUCCAUCAAGUCCACCGUUUCCGAGACGUACCUCAGCAAGCCCAGCAUCGCCAAGAGAAGGGCCAACCAGCAGGAAACCGAGCAGUUCUACUUCAUGAAAUUCCGCGAGUUUCUGGAGGGCAGUAAUCUCAUCUCCAAGCUGCAGGCCAAACACGACUUGCUGAAGAGGACGCUCGGAGACGGCCACCGAGCUGACUACAUGACCACGAGUAGACAUCCCAAUGGGCUGUUCAAAACCCUCCCCCGGCGGCCUAGACCCCGCUCUUGUUUCAAUGUUAAGCUAUUUAAUGGAAAUUUGGAGUCAUUCAUCAAGGACUCUGGACAAGUUAUCCCCAGAGUGGUUGAAAGUUGCAUUCGCUACAUAAACCUAUACGGCCUCCAGCAUCAAGGAAUCUUCCGUGUCUCUGGGUCCCAGCUGGAGGUCAACGACAUCAAGAACUCAUUCGAGAGAGGGAACGACCCGCUCACAGAUGAUGAGGAUAAUCAUGACAUCAAUUCGGUGGCUGGUGUUCUCAAACUUUACUUCCGUGGUCUGGAGAACCCUCUGUUCCCCAAAGAGAGAUUCAGUGAGCUGCUGUCAUGCAUUAGAAUAGAAAAUUUGUAUGAGAGAGCGCUGUACAUCCGAAAGAUCCUCCUAACCAUUCCCAGAUCGGUCCUCGUUGUGAUGCGUUACCUCUUUGCCUUCCUCAACCACCUGUCCCAGUACAGCGAUGAGAACAUGAUGGACCCGUACAACUUGGCCAUAUGUUUCGGCCCUACACUCAUGCCGACUCCUGACAGCCAAGACCAGGUUUCCUGCCAGGCUCAUGUCAACGAGAUCAUCAAGACCAUCAUCAUCCACCACGAGACCAUCUUUCCCGAUGCCAAAGAACUGGAGGGGCCCAUCUACGAGAAGUGCAUGGCUGGUGGCGACUACUGUGAGAGUCCCUACAGCGAGCACGGGGCGCUGGAAGAGGUGGACAACGAGGGAGGGACAGAGACGCACACCAGUGAGGAUGAGGGUGAGCCUAUUGAAGCCAUUGCCAAGUUCGACUAUGUUGGGCGCUCUUCUCGAGAGUUGUCCUUCAAGAAGGGCGCCUCCCUGCUGCUUUAUCACCGAGCGUCUGAAGAUUGGUGGGAGGGACGCCACAACGGCAUUGACGGCCUGGUACCACACCAGUAUAUCGUAGUCCAGGACAUUGAUGACAACUUCUCUGACAGCCUGAGUCAGAAGGCUGACAGCGAGGCCAGCAGUGGCCAUGCGGGAGAAGAUAAAUGUUCAGGAAAGGACAUCAGCUCACCGACCGAUACCAGGAUCUCUGAGGCCUACAUCGCCAGGCAUAGAAAACGAUCAGACCCGCCAUCCCGCCGACCCCCAGCCCGCCCCAGCAACGUUCACUGCAUGCUGCAUUCGUCCCAGCAGGGCCACGGCGGCACCCCGGAGAUGGGGUCUCCGGUUCUGGGCCACUUCAGCCCACGGGAUCUGCUGAGAAGCCACAACCACAUGCCAAUGGAAAGCCCUGAGCGGCGGCGGCGCACCGGCCACGGCAGCCUGACCAACAUCAGCCGCCACGAGUCCCUGAAGAAGAUGGACAGCCCGCCGAUCCGCCGCUCCACCUCCUCGGGCCAGUACACGGGCUUCUCUGACGGCCAUCACCACCACGGCGGCAAGCCCCUGGACCCGGAGACCAUCGCACAGGACAUAGAGGAAACGAUGAACACCGCUCUCAAUGAGCUGCGCGAGCUGGAGCGGCAGAGCUCGGCCAAGCACGCCCCCGACGUGGUGCUGGACACCCUGGAGCAGCGACAGACCGCCGGCAGCGGUGGUGGUGGAGGGGGGGGUCCCGCCAUGGCCAGCUCCAACGAGUCCCUGAGCCCCAUCCACGGCGUCCUGCUGCGGUCAACCGCCAACACCGAGCCGCCAAUCCGCCGCAGCGCCAGCUCCUCCAGCGAGGCCAUGAGCACCUUCAAGCCCCUGGUUGCCCCGCGCAUGGGGGUGCAGCUGAAACCCCCUGCUUUGAGGCCUAAACCAAUGGUCAUGCCCAGGUCCAAUCAGGCCCCUCAGCCUCCCGCGGGGCCUGCCCAGGACCCUCUGGACAAAUCCUGUACCAUGUAAGCUCUGUAAAAGAAAAAAAAAAAGAAGAAAGAGAUGGAAAGCAAAACUCCCAACACCCUUUUAGGGGUCUGUGAACUUCCAACCUGUGUUUUCAGUGCACAGAAAAGGACAAGAUCCAUAAGAUCUUUGUAAUUAUAGGUAGUAGUUACAAUGUAGACUCGUUAGCCGAGGAAAUCGUCUGCCUCAAUAAUGUGCAGUUUUAUUUUAAUAUUCUUAGGUUACUAUCUACCAUACAGUAUGAGUUUUUUUUUUUUUUAAAUGAAUUUGAGCAACAAAUCACAGCAUCUUCCUUGAGACUUUAGAUCUAGUUUUGGUUUACAGGUAACAGAGAAGUAAAGCAAGUACUUGCAGGGAAGACUAAAAGGGAGAACUGGAGCGGCAGAAACGAAGAGGAUCGUUUUUGCCCUUGAAGAUGUUCUGAAUCGCUUCUGAGGUCGUAUAGACCUACCUCGAGAUGUAACUGAUUUUAACUUUCUGAUGUUAAAAACGGUGCUGGAAAACAAACUGUUUAAAAGGUUGCCCAUCGUGCGCCCAAGGAGCCCUACACUACUUAUUUAUUAACGGUACCCUGUUAAUAAAUUCAAAGUACUGCAGCUUGUACCCCUUUCCUCUCCGUAGCAUGUAAACUGCAGCGUCGUUCCUUUUAUUUUCUGCCAGGUGUGUGAUGAGCUGUGUCUCACAGACGUAUAGAGAAUCUCCUCUUCUCUGGCCUCCCUCAGAUUAACCAAACAUUGUUGUGUAAUGCCGGGGUAAAAGACAUAAGAACUGGACAAGAACCACUACUUUGAUGUGAACCUGUACGCUUCAGUCCCUGCAUCUACACCCCGAACUGCAUCUUUGCCUUUUUUUUUUGUAUACGUGUCUAUCACGAGUGUGAACGGUCACCACCACCAUUUUUUUUUUUUUUUUGUUUCUCACACGGUCGCGGACCCCCGCGUCCCAGCCUUCUGUUUGCCUUGGCUUUAUCGACCCAAAGACAUGAGUGUGUAAGUGAAAGUGUGGAUGUUGAAGCUCCACAUUCGCCGGUGUGCGCGUGGACUCGAGGCGGGGUGUUUCGUCUCGAGCGCCGGCGGUAGCCAUGGACCCCCACGACUGUUAGCGUGAAAAGCCUCGUCCUGCAGUCGCCCUCCUCAUUCUGCUUCUGUCUGUGAGGGAGUCUGAACGGAGCAGUUUGCUUUGAGCCUUACGGUCCGUGUUCUGUUCAGGUGAGCAUGUCGCUUAUGCUUUAGUUUUUUUUGUUUUUUUUUUGGUUUUUUUGUAAUUAUUUCUCUUGGACUGGUAUUUUUUGCUCCUGAGUGAAUUUAUAAAUUCGACAAACUAACAUGGCAGAAGAAAAAAAAAUAAGAGACCGCACAUUGUUCUGCUCCUGAACAAUAAUUUCGAGAUGCAAUGGCCUCAGAAAUUAGCUUGUGCCGGACUCCAGCUGCUCUUUAUGUGUCCCCCUCCCCCUCCCCACCAGCCUCUGUAUUAUAGAAACAGUUGGCUGCUCAUCUUUUGUAUAUUAUUAUACACUAAACAAAGUUGGUUUGCAAGAAUAGGCAAUGCUCUCUACUAGCAGGUUUACACCAUCUUUGACUUGACUAAAAACGUGUGUGCAUGGAUCAAAAGUUAUUUUUAACUAGUAUCUUCAUGGUUUUUUUAUAUUUGUUUUUUUUUAUUUUACUUUAUUUUAUUUGUUUGUUUUUUGCAGGGUUAAAAUCACUCAGAGUCUAAGUUGUAGAAAACAUAGGCAGCAGUUUGAAGCCAGUUGUAUACGAGAGAAAAUGUGGGUGUUUUUUUUUUUUUUCUUUCUGGUCACCAGUAACAUGAUCAACAGUAGGACUCCGUUAAGCUGUCUGUAAACUUUAAACUAGUCUGUUCUGUACUUGUGAAAGUGCCUUUGAAUUAUGUUUAAGUGGAACUUCAGACGUUCUGUCUCGUUGCGUUUUCAAUAAAAUGCAGUGUAGCAAAGUAGAAAUGUUUCAUGACUUAGUUACAUUUCCCAAACAGCUAAAUGGCAGAAAUAAUAUUAACCAGCUUAAACAUUGUGACCUUGCACUUUUAUGUAUAUAACUGUACAUAUGGCAUGUAACAUCACAACAUCUUAAGUUCUUUUCAUGGAGGAUUUUUUUUUUUUUGAAUAAAGGAAAUAGUUUGUCGAA